AUGGCCUUAAUGCACCAAAAGCAAUUCAUAUCAUCUCUUUUCCUCGUACGGAUAUGGGUUUUCCAAGUGGUUAUGUCCACCAAUAUUGACGAUCCAUAUAUGUCUGAGAGAUUUGAACAAUGGAUAUCAAAAUAUGGGAAAGUUUAUCAAGAUGCUGGAGAAAAAGAAUCCAAAUUUGGGAUAUUCCGAGACUAUGCUUAUAUGGUUGAUUAUAUCAAUGGUGCAAACCGACCAUACAAAUUAGCCGUUAAUAAAUUUGCUGACCAACUCCCUUGGGAUUUUCGGCAGAAUAGGUAUUCAAUAGAUGAUAGGCGUGUUCAUGAUUAUGAUUUAAAGAAAAUCAGAGUACCCUCUCUUAGGUAUGAAAAUAUGACUACACUCCCUGCUAGCGUGGAUUGGAGAAAGAAUGGAGCUGUCACGCCUGUCUUGUAUGACACCGGCAACAAUUGUGCGGGUAGGGCUUAG